GCAACCACAGCAAACCACAGCAAAUGACAACUUGAAAAACAUUCCAUCUCCAUGGAGGGGGACCGGUCCAAGUACCUACACACGUACACCCAGAGCCCGGUGGUGAGAUGCUAAGCUACCGACACCCACACUCAUGCAACUUCUAUCAUCUGGACCACCUCAAGACCUGGUCAUCGGCGCCACCGGUGUACCCCCUUUGAGAUGGCGAGCACCAAGGCCUCAUUGAAGGCCAUCAAGGAUGCCAUUGACCAGCAAAAAUGGGACGAUGCUUUAGCCCAGGCCGAGGUUCUUAUCAGCAAAGAUCCCAAGAUCUACCACUCCCACUUGUUCAAGGCGUUCGCCUUGGACCAAAAGAACCAGCUAGACCAGGCCGAGGCCGCAUACCUGAGAGCAACCGAACUUCGCCCUGACGACCAGGCGUGGCUGGGUCUCGUCAAGCUGUACCAGAAGCAGGGCCCCAAGGCCCUCCGCAAGUAUCAACAUGCCGCACUCAAGCUUGCCGAGAUCUUCAGGGAUGCGGAUGAGAUGUACAAGUGCCAAGAUGUCGUGGAUAAGUUCAUAGACUUUGCUCGCGGCCGUGGCGACCGCGCUCAAUAUGUCCAGGCCCUCCAACUUAUACUCCCGGACAGCCCCAUAUACCCCGCCCUCGAGGGUCGGGUUCCUCACCCUGCCAAGACGUACGAGACGAUAGCCCAGAUCCUGGAGGUCGAAGAGAAGAAGCGGGUCAAUACGCUCAUCGGCGAGCGGCGCACCAGGAUAGGUGCCAGAAUCAAUGAAGUCACUCUCGAGGUCAACCGAGAGGUGCUCUGUCAGAGCAAGCUCGGCAGCAUCUACGAGCAGCUCAUAUUGUGGACCCAGGACGACGACGUUAGGCGCCAGUACGAGGAGAAGUUGCUGCAAUUCCGAUACGACCACCUCCUUGUCACCCUUCCCGAAGAUAAGCCCGCUGAGCUUGAAGUCGUCCAGAAGCUGGCGAAUGACAUGGUCAUCAUCAAGCAUCCCUUCAGGCUUGCUUGGGACAUCGCGAUUGAGUGGCAAGACCAUAAGGAUAUCAAAGACUGGGAUUUCAACGUGCUCAACGAGUAUUGUUCCUUCUUCCCGGAGAGUGACCUUUACCGGGUCGCGGUUGGCUUCAUGACGAGUGACAUAUCGCCUUUCCCCAAACAAGCAGCAGAGGCGUCAGCGCCUACGCACACUCCCGACGGAGGUGACGAGAGUGAAGACGACGACGAUGGCGGUGCUCCGACUUCUGUAGUGCCGUAUACCGACGAGGAUAGGCUCCUGAUGAUGACGGAAGGCAUAGCUGCUACUAAUUCCCUGCUCGCUCACAGGCUAAUGGGAGAGUACUAUCAGCAUCUGGAAGAGUACGAGAGCAAUGUCGAGCUUAUGAGGAAGGCUCUGAAAAUCAUCGAUGCGGAAACGGAAAGGACGGGCAAGACGUUCCCGAAUGCGAGUCAAUCUUUCUUACUCUACUUGGGAACAGCGCUCGUCUUCUAUCAAUCCCCGAGAAACCACGUUGAAGCCAAGUCCCUCUUCGACAAGGUGCUAGCGGCAGAUCCUGCUUCCACCUCCGCCAUGAUUGGUGUUGGCCUCAUAUACGAAGAAGAGGAAGAAUUCGAUCAAGCGAUCAACUUUCUUGAACGUGCAUUGCAGGGCGACUCUGGUAAUCUCCGUGUACGCGCCGAGGUUGGUUGGCUGUAUGCUCUCAAGGGCGACUAUACACGCGGCAAAGCAGAACUCGAGACCCUCUUGCCCCUCAUGACGCGUGCUGCGGUCUCCAAGGACCUGCUAGCACAGACCCAAUACCGGCUGGGCUCCUGUAUUUGGAACCUGGAUCCUUCGAAUUCCGCUCGAAGAAGCCGAAGCGGUGCAUACGCAUACUUCUUGGAUGCGCUCAAGAGCAACCUCAACUAUGCACCGGCGUAUAGUAGCCUCGGUGUAUACUAUGCCGACUACGCCAAGGAUAAGAAGAGGGCUCGGAGGUGCUUUCUCAAGGCCGUGGAGCUAUCCCCCUCUGAGAUAGAGUCGGCGGAGAGGCUUGCACGAUCAUUUGCUGAUGACGGCGACUGGGAUCGCGUCGAGCUUGUGGCUCAGCGCGUAGUGGACUCCGGCAGGGUCAGACCACCCCCAGGGUCCAAGAGGAAGGGUAUCAGCUGGCCGCUGUCUGCGUUGGGCGUUGCCGAGCUGAAUAAGCAGGCUUUCGCCAAAGCUAUUGUGUCGUUUCAGCAGGCGCUACGGAUCGCUCCAGACGACUACCACUCUUGGGUUGGCCUGGGCGAAAGCUAUCAUAAUUCUGGACGAUACAUUGCUGCCACAAAGGCGAUCCAAAAUGCCCAAAGGCUAGAGGAAGGUCUGGACAGCAAGAUGAUCGGCGAUACUUGGUUUACUAACUAUAUGCUCGCCAAUGUUAAACGCGAGCUUGGCGAAUUUGACGAGGCUAUUUCUCUUUACGAUCAGGUGAUAUCGGCCCGACCGGAAGAAGAGGGUGUCGCAAUAGCCUUAAUGCAAACCAUGGUUGAGAAUGGGUUAGACUGUAUGGACAAGGGCUUGUUUGGAAAAUCGGUCGAGCUGGCUUCCCGCGCCCUAUCCUUCGCCAUCACGGUCCCGAAAAGUGUUGCCAAGACCUUUAACUUUUGGAAAGCCAUUGGCGACUCGUGCUCUAUAUUCUCCUCCAUUCAGAGCCGCAUACACGACUUCCCGACUGACUGCAUCAAGUCUCUACUUGGCCUGGACGCGGAGGGCGAGUCCGUGUAUGCGGUCUUCGAAAAUGUUGAUGGCGUAGGCAAAGAUGUCAUUUUGGCGGAAGGCAUCUUCCCCAGCAAUGAACGACUCGGUGUGGAUCUAACCCGCGCCUUGCAUGCAGCAAUCCUCGCCCACAAACGCGCGAUCCACGUAUCAGCCAGUGACGUUCAUGCGCAAGCCGUCGCCUACUACAACCUGGGCUGGGCUGAGAACAAAGCCCACCUCUGCCUCCCCCCCGAGCUCCGACUCCAGUCUAGUCGAUACCAGAAAGCCGCCGUGCGGUGUUUCAAGCGCUCCAUAGAACUCGAGGCGGGCAAUGCGGAAUUCUGGAACUCUCUAGGCGUUGUCACUAGUGAAAUAAAUCCAUCCGUAUCCCAGCAUGCGUUCGUCCGGAGCCUGUUUCUCAACGAGAGAAGUGCUCAUGCCUGGACGAAUUUAGGUGCCUUGGCCCUUCUACAGAACGAUAUUCAAAUUGCAAACGAGGCCUUUACGCGAGCCCAAUCUAACGACCCCGACUAUGCCCAUGCCUGGUUAGGCCAGGGCUUCGUUGCUCUUUGGUACGGCGAUCCUAAGGAAGCCCGUGGUCUCUUCACUCAUGCGAUGGAUAUCUCAGAGUCAUCGUCACUACUCACUAGGCGACAAUACUCCACAUCCCUGUUCGACCACAUUCUGUCAAGUCCUCCCAACCUACACAUCACUUCCCUCAUUCAUCCGCUCUUCGGUCUCACCCAAUUACGACGUCUCGAUCCACAGAGCAUUACUUACCACCAUCUUUCGACACUGUAUCAAGAACGAACCAAUAAUGCUCUCAGUGCAACCGAUACUCUUGAGGACGUGUGCGAAAAUUUGGAGGCAAGCUACGAAUCGACCGAGUCCGCCGAGACACUCGCGCUAUUUACCUUGGCCACAACUGAUCUUGCUCGGUGGUAUCUCUCCGCUGGGAAGUAUCCUGCUGCCAUCGAUUGCGGAGAGAUGGCUCUGAAUCUCAGUAGCGACGACUCUGCCAAAGAGCUCACAGGCGAGCAACGCAAGAAAGCCCGGCUAUCCGCACAUUUAACCGUCGGCCUGGCGCAAUAUUUCUCUAAAAAUGUCGAGGCCGCGCUAUCGUGUUUUGAAGCGGCGCUUGGUGAGUCCAACGGAAACCCCGAUGCUGUCUGCAUCCUAGCUCAGGUGCUAUGGGCUACUGGCACCGAAGAAGCUCGAGAAAGAGCACGCACCGUUCUGUUUGAGGUAAUCGAGAAGGACGCCGGCCAUGUACAGUCUGUGCUCCUUCUAGGGGUCAUAGCAUUGCUUGACGAGGAUGAAGAGUCAUUAGACGCCGUUGUUUCCGAGCUUCAGACGCUACGUACCAGCGACGCAGUUACCGAUACUGAGCAUUCCUUGAUCGGCGAAGUAUUCCGUGCGGUUGCUACUCUGUCUGGGGGUAGCACGGGGAGCGAUGCACUUACCCAGGCCCAGAAUGAUGUUAUGUUGUACCCUCAUCUCCCGCACGGAUGGUCUCGGCUAGCUGAACUCAGCGGCGAAGAAUAUCCAGCGGACAUGGCCCUGCACGUCGCACUCAAGGCCACCCCACCAAGAGGACAGCUUGGAGCUGUAGACCUCGCGGAUGCGUAUGCAGGCACUGGCAGGGUUGCGGAUGCUCAAACGGCAAUCUUAAUCGCGCCCUGGAGGAGUAGUGGAUGGGAAUCCCUGAGUGCAGCCGUUGUCUCCUGAGUAGCCGCACGGGCGGUACGAGACACGGUUCAUGACAUUCACGUACGCAGAUAAUUGUCUUAGGCGGUAUACCCCAUAGAGAAGACGUGAUACUAGGGUUAUGUGAAACGAGGACAAACCAAAUGAUGAAUAUCGUAUUAUAAUCAUGUAGGAUUACCACGAAACGAAAAAGACGUUUGAAGCCGCACAAUAUCGAAUAUGAAGCACGAUGGUAUCUGCUAACCUCCAUGUCGUCACGGCGGUACAACGGCUUAUCUACACUUCUGAUUCUGACUUCCUUGACUGCCUUUCAAUCCUAUCGUUACUAGAGGCAAGUACGGUACUCAGGCAUCUGCAGCUGUUGCUUCCGCCACGGCCCUAUGCCUAGAUAGGAAUACCGAGCCGGAAGAGCAGUUAGAUAUGCUCUUGCCUACGGUGCACCAUUAGUGCGUAUCCGACAAACCGAUUUUCGGAAAUCGAAAAUCGGUUUUCGCGAAUUGAAAAUCGACCGAAAAGUAAAAGUGGGACUGACUUAUUGAACUACU